AUGAUAUGGCUGAAGUUCGCUGGUGGGCUGCAAUUCUCGCAGAGGGACGUGGCUGGGAAGCAACUCUUGCUCGGGAUGGGAAACAGUACUAUCCGCCAUGGGAAUGUCACUUGGACGGCAGUCCAUUCAGGUUGCGCCAUUGCGCAAAAGUACCGUCCCCGGGCUGCGCCAUCGAGCCACCAUCUGCAGCAGAAGCUUUAUGGAUAUCUUUGCAACUUUGCCCGAUUCCAUGAUGCUUUUGAUCAAUUGAUUGGUGCGUUAGCUGCUGUUAUGACGCUCCCAUCGCAUAAUCGAUUUGGUGCUUCUAUCACCCUGCCUAAACCUAUCAAUAGGCCCAGCUCUCGCCGGAACACCGAGUUGGUAUAUGUCAGUCAAGUUCCAACCACUGCCGAGCUUCCUCAUUUCAUGGCCUUGUCAUGCACUUCAGAUCUCGUUGCGUCAUGUCUUAGGAGCUCUUUUUGGGAACCAGGCAUCCCAUGCAAUCUAGCCAGUCAGUGGCUAAAUCCAGCUAUGAAGGAAGUCUUCCCGUCUUUCAUCCAAUCAAAGAAUUUCCACACCCUAGUUCUUGCCAUGUCUCGUCGGAGACCGAACAUAGCGUCCCUAUGGCUAGGUUCUGCAAUUACGGGUCUUUUGCCACGAGUAUUUGAAGUGUCGCGAACAUUCCUACCAACCAUCUUUCUGGAGGCUGCUGUUUGGACUUCAUCUCCGCAAUCAUUUAUGGACCCUCAAUCCUACCGCCUAGUGGCAGUGAAGAAUAUUGAUGGGGUGGAUAUGAUUUCAAGGGAAGAUGAAUUCCGCCUCUUAUUUGUCACGGAUGAGGACUCGCAAGAGUACGGAAGCCCACCGCUUUCUCCGUACCCUCCGUUUGGCUUGGUGAAUGUCCGGAACUCAUCUCUUGGCUACAGCACUAUUCUCACAGGCACGCUGGCUGUCAUCUGUCUACUUCCAAAUUCAGUUCGAUCUUCCGCCAAUGGGUAUCUCUUAUUUACAUAUUCUUGGCUGAAAAAGAAGCUGUCAACACUUGCAAUCAUUGGGCCGAGCCUUGCACAACCCAGUGUUGAAGAAGGGUUUGACGAAAGUGUUUCCGAAAUUGCUACACGAAACUUGUUUUCUUGGACAUUUUUCGCCGAAGGUGUCAGGGCAGAAGAAAAGACACAUUGGAAACACGAAUGGCUGGAAUUUCUGACUGACAGGGAUGAUAAUGCCGUGUUAAGUGAAUCCAGCUCGUCAGAUCGAGAACACGGAGUGAAUGAUCGGAAUUUCGACUAUGUCCGAAAAUGGCAGAAUGAAGUCCCUGUUGAAUUUGAAUGA